CCAAAUGUACUGCACUAUCAACAUUUUCCCAUACAUGAAUCAUGGAGAUCGCCCUCUUUCAUUUCCCCUAGAGGAGUUUGCCUCAUGUUUCUGCUUACCUUAUUUCUAAUGGUUUGUUUUUACAACCUUUUCCGAGAUGAUUUCUAUUCUCAGGUUGUGUGAAAACCGCGGGUGCACGUCAUUCCAUCCACUCAUUGCCUUGCAGAUCCCCGUAGUUUGCCAGCUUCUCUCCUUUCUCGAAACCACUCUCUUCGAUCAGUGCUUCAAACUAUCCUCCUUUCACCUUAAAUCGGAGGCCCCCCAGAUACACUUGGCUCUUUCUUAUCUCAUUUACUGGUUACUUUUUUUUUUAUUGUUGAUUAUUUGUAGAAAGUAGAUCUUCCGGAGAUUUUCAAGAAUCUCGAUACUGAACCCCACACCUGAUCAGGCAAGGGUUGGGUACCUUAAAUCAUUUACAGCAGU